GCGUUUCUCGCUUCGGGUAGUUCUGUGAAUACGUUGGAUAACCUGACAAAUACGCAAUCAUUCUAGUAUAGUGGCGUAAAGGGAACGGGAAUUCCGAGGGGAACGGAAUCGGGUGCUUCACCAGUCUGUUAUGGUAAAGAGGUUUCGUGUUCGGUAGUUGGUUACUGUCAUUGGUCAACAGCCAGGUCUGUUCAUUCAUACUGAGUCUCAUAAAUCGGGGUUAAAACAGGAUAACUUAUAACUUACGUCAUCUAGCUUUCGUAACGAUAUAACAACAGUGAUCAGACAGAUAUGGAAAUAUCGGGGAGUUCGGUGAAAAAGCAAAAAUUGAACAAUGUUCCUGAAAAUUGGGGGAUGCAACGAGCAACGAAUGUUACCUACCAAGCCCACCAUGUAAGCAGAAAUAAACGUGGACAAGUUUUAGGAACUCGUAGAGGAUUUCGUGGAUGUACAGUUUGGCUUACAGGCCUGUCUGGAGCUGGAAAGACCACAGUCAGUAUGGCUUUAGAAGAGUACCUGGUAUGUCAUGGCAUGCCUUGCUAUUCACUGGAUGGAGAUAACAUUAGACAGGGCCUGAAUAAGAACUUGGGUUUCAGCCCUGAAGACCGAGAGGAGAACAUUCGGCGCAUAGCAGAGGUCGCGCGACUGUUCGCCGACGCCGGUCUGGUUUGUAUCGCCAGCUUCAUCUCCCCCUACAGCAGAGACCGGUUAAAUGCCAGAAAGAUCCAUGAAGCAGCUGGGCUUCCCUUCUUCGAGGUGUUUGUUGAUGCCCCACUGGAUGUGUGCGAGCAGAGAGAUGUAAAGGGCCUCUACAAAAAAGCCAGAGCUGGGGAAAUCAAAGGCUUUACUGGGAUCGACUCUGAUUAUGACAAACCUGAGGCUCCGGAGCUGGUGCUGAAGACAGACUCCUGCAGUGUGAAUGAGUGCAUCCAGCAAGUCUUGGACCUCUUGCAGGAGAAGGACAUUGUGCCAAUUGAUGCGUCGUACGAAGUGAAGGAACUUUUUGUGCCUGAGAAUAAACUGGAUCUGGCCAAAGCAGAUGCAGAGACAUUGCCAAUGCUGAGCAUCGGAAAGGUUGACCUGCAAUGGGUUCAGGUCCUGGCUGAGGGCUGGGCGACUCCACUUAACGGCUUCAUGAGAGAGCGAGAGUACCUGCAGUGUCUUCACUUUGACUGUCUCCUGGAUGGUGGCGUGAUCAACUUGUCUGUACCCGUGGUCCUGCCUGUCUCCACAACAGACAAAGGCCGUCUAAAUGGCUGCACUGCCCUUGCCCUGGUCUAUGAAGGCCGCCGCGUGGCCAUUCUUCGUAACCCUGAAUUCUAUGAACAUCGCAAGGAGGAGCGCUGUGCCCGCCAGUGGGGCACCACUUGCAAGGACCACCCUUACAUCAAGAUGGUGAUGGAGAGUGGAGACUGGUUAGUUGGAGGUGAUCUCCAGGUUCUGGAUCGCAUAUAUUGGAACGAUGGCUUGGAUGCAUACCGCCUCACUCCUAAUGAGCUGAAGCAGAAAUUCAAAGAGAUGAAUGCAGAUGCUGUUUUUGCCUUUCAACUCCGCAAUCCUGUUCACAAUGGCCAUGCAUUGCUAAUGCAGGACACCCAACGGAAGCUGGUAGAACGUGGAUACCGACGUCCAGUGUUAUUGCUGCACCCACUUGGUGGUUGGACGAAAGAGGAUGACGUCCCUCUGCUCUGGCGCAUGCGCCAACAUACUGCUGUACUGGAGGACGGUGUCCUAGACCCUGCGUCAACCGUUGUUGCCAUCUUCCCCUCCCCAAUGAUGUAUGCUGGACCAACUGAGGUGCAGUGGCACUGCAGAGCAAGAAUGGUGGCAGGUGCAAACUUCUACAUUGUUGGUCGCGACCCUGCAGGCAUGCCUCAUCCGUCUACAGGAAAGGACUUGUAUGAUCCUACACAUGGGGCUAAGGUUCUCACCAUGGCACCGGGCCUCAUCUCUUUGGAGAUUGUCCCUUUUAAAGUGGCUGCUUACAACAAGGUGAAGAAAAGCAUGGACUUCUAUAACUCCCAGAACCAUCAAGACUAUGACUUCAUCUCAGGAACACGGAUGAGAAAGAUGGCCCGUGAGGGUCAGAAUCCACCCGAUGGCUUCAUGGCCCCUAAAGCUUGGAAUGUUCUAAAGGAGUACUACAAGUCUCUAGAGAAAGAUAAGGCGGUGGAUACGGCCUAAGGAUGGACAGCAAUAACACUGGGAACUCAUCAUCCCAUCUCUGAAAGCUAGUCAACCUACUAGACCACACAGUAGAUGUGCUGACCUCUUGUGGUAGCUUGUGCUGUAGCUUGCAUUUCAUACUGCAAACUCUCCUUCUCCCUUUCAAGUCUUCACUUGAAAUGAUGUUCUUCAUCUAUGACGUAGAAAAACCUAAAGUAAGGACAGUACCUGCCAGAAGCAAAUAUUUUAACUUAAAUGUCAUAAUGAGGAAAUCGUUAGAAAUAUCAUCAUUAUAUCAUUAGGAAUAUUUAUUGAGUCAUUGCCAGUAUUUUAAAAUGUCUACACAUGGGAUCAAAUGAACAAAUGCUAUUCAGUUGUUAAAAUGAUUUAGUAUUAUUGAAUCUGAGCUCAUUUAGAAUGAGCUCUGUGUAACGUCAUAGUCAAGCAUGGUAUUUAUUACAUUGGAUUGGAUUGGAUUCAAUUUAUUGUCAUUGCACAGAGUACAGGUACAGAGGCAACGAAAUGUAAAGAACAUGCUGCUGUAAGAUCAAACAUCUCUCUGCAGUUCCCACCUUGGUUGCAUACGGCUUCAUCCAGCACUCUGCAGUGAUGCAUGCUGGGUUUAACACAAUGCAUCUUGGUUCGACAUUUUGACCGACUAUCGUCAGCGUUGUGUAACGGCACCAUGACGCACAUGACAGUAAAGCGGAGGCUGGCGUUUUUGAAGUCGAACAGCUCCAUUUUCUCUUGGUCCGCUGCAUGAGCAUCAGAACGUCCCUCAUUGGCUGGAAUCUUCCAUGACAAAAAUGAUAUGUGUUUCCUCAUGCUAGAAUUUGUGAAUAGUUUUAAACAUUAAGAAAUAUGUGCGUCUCAUGUGAUUUCUGCAACAGUGGCACUGGGAAACCUUUCAUUACCCUUUUAUGUUAUGCUAUAGUAUAGGUUCAAGAUGUGCAGAAAACACUCAACUCUUUAUGUGAUCUGCAGUGCUGACCUGUUCAAUGUACCUCAACAAUGAUUUAUUAGUUAUUUAUUAUUAUCAGUCAUUAGGUUUGUGUUAUUGAAAAGUAAAGGGGAAUUUCAACUGUAUUCACUACAAACAAAAAUAUGGAACACAAUUCCGUGAGGUCUCCCGUUAGUCACGUCAGUUGCAAACUGAAACGGGACGGAGAAACUGCCCUUUUCUUUUCCAAUUCCCACCUGAGACCGGCAGUUCACGUUUACCAUCAUGUCAGCCGAAGUCUACUGUUCAGCAUCAACCAAAGUUGGCAACAGUCUCCCAGAGGCAGGUGUAUCAUGCCACGUGGCUUUGUUUUGUGUGAAAACAUGGUGGAAGGCAGUGACAGUGCUCCAGAAAUGUUUCAGCCUUCUAAAGCUGAGAAUCGGGUCCGGACAUUGUUAGUGUGAUUGCUCAAGCACACUAUUGGUCUUUUUGAAUUUUUAUUUAUUUUUAUUUAUUCUUAUUUCACCUGUUUUUGGCACUGAUUCUGCUCAUUUUUAGUCUUCUAAUAGGUCCUCUUCAAAGCCAGUCAUCUAAUUAUUAUUUACCUUUUUUUACACUUAAAGCAUGGUGAAUGUGUGUGUUUGGUCUGCUACUGUUGAGCAAUCACACUUUGCAUUUCCUUUCCUUUCUAUUUUUCCUGAUUUAUUUCUCACUCCCCAUGUUUGUCUGUAUCAAAAGAUACUCUAUACUGUCUCACUCUCUUUAAUAAAUUAGAAUUACCCCUCA